UUCGACGUGCUGGCAGCAACCUCAGAAACAUCACGGACAGACCACACAUACACAACAUACGAACUCCUGAACUGAAGCAAACAACUUCAACUCAGCCAAGAUGAGCGAUGACUUUCAAUCCGCACCGCAGCCGCCGCCGAGACGCAUGGGGCGGCGCGCCAAACCAGCAGAAGGUGGACCAGAUGAGCUCCGCAAAGAAGACGACUUUCUAUUUCGCGACGACCUGUUAUCUGAAAGUAAACCUGAAGCAAGAUUAGUUAGCAAUGAUGAGCCACAGGAGCCUGCCUCCGUCGCGAAGAAGCCGCGGAGGAUUCGAGAGACGGAAAGGCCCGAAGCGAUGAAGGAGACGAGAGGUGGAUGGGAUAGUCCAGCGCCAGAGAGCUCGCCACCGCGGGGUGGACUAGUUGGAGGUACCUUCACCCGUGGAAAGAGUGGGUCAACUAGGAGAGAGGCGCAGGAUGUGGAGGAUAUUGAUGAUGAUGUAGACACGGUGCCUGUUCCACCACCAAGGGAUCGGAGGGAAAAAAUAAAGCAGGAUAGUUCUGACGAUGCAGUGACCGUGAUCAUCCCAGAUCUGGAUCAAGUGCAAGACAACCAGAUGCUCACUGAAGUUGCGGCUGCACCUGUGAUCAAAAUCAACAGAUUCAAGAAUAUGCAGGAAUUAGACGGGGAGCUUCUAGCUAGCACAGGACAGUUGAUUGAGCCUCCAACAUCACUGGCAGGCAUAGAUGUCUCUCUCCUGGUCUCGACAGCCCUCAUUCCUCCAGAUCAACUAGUCAAGCCAGAUGUACAAUGGGAUUGGGAUGUCAUCUUCACGGAGGUGACGAGCGACCUCCACGUCAUUCAGAGCCCUGUGCCCUCGCCGCAGUCCAGCCCAACAAGACAACGAGUGUGAUAUGACUUCACCCUUGAGGCCGUCCGCGCCGAGGCAAUGAUCUCAUCUUACCCUCCAU